UAAUUCAAAUAUAUACAAUUGGCUAUUUUUAUUAUUAAUAUUAUUAUUAUUAUUAAAUAGCCAAAAUAAUAUCUAUUAUUCUCACUAUUAAUGAAAUAUAUUUCCAUUAUUUUGCUAAUUACUUUAGCUAUGAAUUCUAUGGUUAACGCUACUCGCAAUGAUGAGUUACCUUUAUACUUAGCAAUAGUUGCUGAAGAAAAGUAGGCUCAUGAUUAAGUCUUUUAAUUUAUUGACCAAUCCUUCUAUUAGCUCUUAAGUGCAUUCCCUGAUGAUGCUGAUAUCAUAAAUAAUGAUUUUAACAAAUUAAAAGGAGAAAUUUAAUCACCAUGGUAAUAUCCUGAUUCAUGGCAUACUACUGUCCUCUAUAUUGGAGGUGAUGUUGCUUAAACUUAAACUCCUUACUACUAACAGUUUUAACCUGGUAAAGAAGUUUUGCUUGAAUCUUUUACCUUCGUUUAUGUUCCCGAAAGAAUUAUUUGCGGACCUGUAUUCCCUAAGGAUGUAUUAAUUGCAAAUAAUUGUCCUCAUGUCACUAUGAUGAUGGGUCAGUGGUCUGCAGUUGCUUCAAAUUAUGUAUUGGAAGCUUUAUUUACUAAGGAUGGUCCUCUUUAAUCUGAAUAUUAAAACAAAUUCUUCGCUUCUGCUGAAGGAACUUUGAUUUAGAAAUUCUAAAACUUAGCAAUCAAUAAUGAAGUUGUUGACGUUUAUAUAAUUAAGGUUACUGGUGACAAGCCUCAUUUUAAAUCAAUUGGUGAUGAGGAAAAAGUGUAUGCCUAGGCUUAACAAAUGUGA